AUGAAGCAGUUGGAUGGGAUCGCGAUCCCGUACUGGCAAUAUGUGUUUCCCGCGGCCGUCCUCACGACGUGCCUCGUGAUCCUCGCCGCGGUGAGCUUGCCCGGCCGCUCCCUGCUGAUUCUCCCGGCGGUGACGAGCAGGACCGAAGGGCCAGGAGGCAACCGGUCAUCUUGCAAUCUAUUCAAGGGCGACUGGGUGCCGGACCACGGCGCGCCCAGCUACACCAACGAGACCUGCCCGGUGAUCCAUGGCCACUACGACUGCAUGCGGUACGGCAAGCCGGACCUGGAGUUCCUCCGGUGGCGGUGGCAGCCGGAGGGGUGCGAGCUGCCCCGCUUCGACGCGGCCCGGUUCCUCGGCGCGAUGAGGGGCAAAUCCGUGGCGUUCGUCGGCGACUCGCUGGCUCGGAACCAGAUGCACUCGCUCGUGUGCCUCCUGUCGCGGGCCGAGCGGCCCGUGCCGUGGACCAACGGGGGCUACCUGUACCGGUACGAGCGGCACGGCUUCACCGUCGCCGACUUCUGGUCGCCGUUCCUCGUGCGCGCCGCCGAGACGGACCCGGACGGCCCGGCGCGGAACGGGGCGGGCCUCUGGAGCCUCCACCUCGACGAGCCGGACCCCGGGUGGGCGGCCCACGUCAGCAAGUUCGACGUCGUCGUCGUCUCCGCCGGCAGCUGGUUCUACCGCCCGUCCGUCUUCUACGAGCGCGGCCGCGUCGUCGGCUGCAGCGGCUGCCUCGCGCCCAACGUCACGGACCUCACGCUCCGCUACUCCCUGCGCGCCGCGUUCCGGAGCGCGCUCCGCGCGGCCGUGGGCGCGUCGUCCGGGACCGGGACGGUGGUCGUGCGCACGGUCUCGCCGGCGCACUACGAGAAUGGGACGUGGAACGACAACGGCGACUGCGUCCGGACGCGGCCGCUCCGGCGCGGCGAGUGGGAGAUGGAAAGGCUGCACAAGGAGAUGCGCCGGAUACAGGUGGAGGAGUUCGCGGCGGCCGACGUCGCAGCGAGGGGUAAAGGGGUGAGGAUGCUGCUCAUGGACGCGACGGAGGCCAUGGCGAUGCGGCCGGACGCGCACCCCGGCAAGUACAGGCUGUGGCAGCCGGACAAGUUCAGGGUGAGCCGUGACUGCGUGCACUGGUGCUUGCCCGGCGCCAUGGACGUCUGCAAUGACAUGCUGCUUCACAUGCUCAUCGAUUAG